AUGGAUGAGGGGUUAGAUCAUAACACUCAAUCACCUUUCACAGGUGAAGAACAUGUAAAGUAUAAUAAACUCAUGGAAGCUUCUGGAGAAGGCUUAUAUGAGGGUUAUACUACCUUUUCAAAGCUUUCAUUUCUAUUGCACUUGUUUCAUCUAAAGUGUAUGUUUCAUUGGUCUGCCGAGUCAUUUAAUAAAUUACAUGAACUUCUAUUAGACGCAUUUCCUAUCAUUAAGGAGUUUCCAUCGUCUUAUUAUGAAGGCAUGAAAGUAAUCAAUGAUUUAGGAUUGGGAUAUGAGAAAAUCCAUGCAUGUCCAAAUGACUGCAUGCUAUAUUGGGGUGAAUUUUCAGAAAAAAGUGAGUGUCAUAUAUGCCAUGCAUCAAGGUGGAAAAUUGUGAAAGGAAAGGAGGGUGAUGUAAGUGAGAAAGGUAAAGAAACAUGUAAGAAAGAUGAUGGCAUUAUACGGCAUCCUGCGGAUGGAGAGGCUUGGAAGAAAUUUGAUGAAAAAUAUUUAGAGUUUGCCGCCGAUCCUCGUAGUGUUAGAUUGGGCCUUGCUAGUGACGGUUUUAAUCCAUAUCGUCUAAUGAAUACCAACUAUAGUACGUGGCCAGUGGUCCUUAUUCCAUAUAAUUUACCGCCAUGGCUUUGCAUGAAGUCGUCAUCAUUCAUUCUAUCUACUAUUAUUCCUGGUAAAUCCGGUCCUGGUAUGGAUAUUGACGUGUACUUGCAACCACUGAUUCAUGAGUUAAAAUUGUUGUGGCUAGGUGUUGAUGCCUUUGAUUCUUAUAGUGGAAAGAACUUUAAAUUGCGAGCAGCCUUACACUCCACUAUUAAUGACUUCCCGGCAUAUGCUAUGUUGUCGGGUUGGAGUACAAGAGGCUACAAAGCUUGUCCAUCUUGCACUGAUUCCACGUAUUCAUAUAGAUUUGGCGAAUAUGGUCUUGCUCCGGUUCCUGCAAGCGGUACUGAAGUUUUGAAGCAACAAGAUAAGGUAAAGUAUGUUUAUGGGAAAUCCAAAAAUGUUCCAAAAAAAAGAGGAAGAAAGAAUGCUGAUGAUGAUGAUGAUGACGCCGACUUAGUUCUUUGGAAAAAGAAAAGAACUCUUUUAGGUAUGGGAAACAGUAGAGAUGAUAGAAGUGCUCGAGAAGCCCUCGAGGGUAAAAAUAUAAAGUCUCAUCUUUGGAUUGACCCUCAAGGUGACAUCCCUCCAGCCCCUUACACCAUGUCUAAUGAGGAGAAGGAACGGUUUUUAAAAGUUUUAAAGAAACUUAAAGUUCCUGAUGGAUAUGGAUCUAAUUUGCAAAGAUGUGUGAACUUGAAGAAGCGAAAACUUAUUAAUAUGAAAAGCCACGAUAAUCAUAUCCUCAUGCAAGAUAUCCUUCCUGUCGCUUUAAGGGCGUCGAAUGCCACAAAAGUUAUUGACUUGCUUGAGGAGUUGUCAGAUUUUUUUAAAAAGAUAUGUUCAACCACUAUAGAUACAAGAGAAUUAGAUGCCAUUCAGUCAAAGCUUGUGCUGACUCUUUGUAAGAUGGAGAUAGAGUUUUUACCUACAUUUUUUACAAUCAUGGUUCAUCUAAUUAUUCAUUUAGUGGAUGAGGUUAGACUUGGCGGACCAGUUCUUUACAGAUGGAUGUAUCCCAUUGAAAGAUAA